UUAUUUAUUACUAACUCCGGCGAAGACAAUCUCAUUCCACGUUCAACGCAGAAAAAUAAGAUCAAAAAGCCCUAAUUAUUUUCUUUACAUUUUCCUCUCGUUUCCUUCACUUUCUCAAGUCAAGAAUAUUUCUCGAAGGAAAAAGCUUUUUGAGAUCAAGUUCUGAAGAUGUGGAAUCAGGCGUACACGAAAACUGAUGAUGUGGAGAGCGGGGGGGCGAGGCCUCUGUAUCCGAUGAUGCUUGAGAGCCCUGAACUGCGGUGGUCCUUCAUCCGAAAAGUCUACUCCAUCAUCUCCAUCCAGUUGCUCGUCACCAUUGCCGUCGGCGCCUUCGUCGUCACCAAUCGCCCCGUCGCUAACUUCUUCGUCAGCACCGGCGCCGGCAUGGCUCUCUACAUCGUUCUUAUUUUCGUUCCUUUUAUCACGUUGUGUCCCCUUUACUAUUAUUACCAGAAGCAUCCCGUCAAUUACCUCCUCCUAGCCAUUUUCACUGUUUCACUUUCUUUUGCCGUUGGAUUGAGUUGCGCCUUUACUAGUGAAAAAGUUAUUCUGGAAGCUGUCAUAUUAACUGCUGUGGUGGUGGUCGGUCUGACUCUCUAUACAUUUUGGGCCGCAAGUAGAGGCCAAGAUUUCAAUUUUCUUGGCCCUUUCUUGUUCGGUUCACUGCUAGUUCUUAUGGUCUUUGGGUUGAUUCAGGUUUUCUUCCCACUGGGUAAGUUAUCUGUGAUGAUCUAUGGGUGCGUGGCAUCAAUUAUAUUUUGUGGCUAUAUUGUAUAUGAUACAGACAACCUAAUCAAGAGAUACUCGUACGAUGAAUACAUUUGGGCUUCGGUCUCCUUGUAUCUGGACAUCAUCAAUCUCUUCCUCUCUUUGCUCAGUAUUUUUAGAGCUGCGGAAAGUAAUUAGAUAUAUUCCUUUCCUCGGCACGUACUCGACGAGGGUGGGUUUUGAAAAACAAAUUCUUACGAUCAAUAAAUCUUUGUAGCUGUCCUUUUGUUGGGUGGUGUCGUAAUGUAACACGAUGGAUUAUUGUCCCAGCUGUUGGUAAAUAGUCGAUUAAUGUUGAAAUUCUGGAUUGAAUUGUAUAUACGUUAUGACUGCCCCUUUUUUCUUCUGUGUACUUUAUUAUGUUAUGAUCUUUAGACUGUUUCAGAGUUAUCUUUAUUGAUUGGUCCUGAUAUAUUGGUUUACCACUCUGGUAUUGCUGGAGGUUGCUCCUCUUAUUCAAAUCUGAGGAAUUUCAGUUCAAAAGC